CCCACGAAAUAUAUUUCAGUUGCGAGCGGACCUCUGCACGGAGUGGAACUAAAAAUCAAAAAAAAAAAAAUACUAGAAAUAAUCAGUCCGCGGAAAACGUUGAAGUUCAUCUAUAUUUCCUACUACAUACUACAUAUACAUAUAUAAAAUAUAUAUAUUUAAAUUCUUUUCAUUUUAAGUUAAAUCAAUUAAUACACAUAUAUGUAAAGCCAACUGCAAAAAGUCUACGCCCAGUGGAAAAUUCGUAACGAAAAUUAAUCAGCUGUAUUUUUACUAAAGGAAAAGUAUAAUCAAACACAAUAAAAUUCAUUCGUUCAAGCUUUGUCGGAAAGGAAACGGAGCGUAACGUUGCGAGGGGAUCUGUGGAUCGGGUUAGGAACGGAGUGAAAUACAUUGUGUGCAGUGUGUAGCGGUGUAGAUUAGAACGUAACGUUACGUUACCAAAAAAUAACGACGGGGUCGUAACGCCAACGACGGCCAUAUACAUAUACGAACGAAAAUUAGAAUUAUGACUUUUUCGCGGAAAAAAGUGCUGACGUUAUGCGUGUGCACGCUAUUGGCACUCAUCAGUUUUCCCGGAUAUGUAGACUGUGCUAAUAAAAAGGGAUCACAGGCCGCAGCAGCGCCACCACCAGCGCCCAUCGAACCCGAGGCUGUAAUCGAAGAGGUCAAUGCCAAACAAUUGGAGAAGCUGUUGACCGACAAGGAUUAUGUUGCUGUCUUCUGGUAUGCGCGAAGCUGCGUCACCUGUGAUAAAGUAUUAGCGGAACUCGAAAAAAUCGACGAUGACACCGAUUCAUUUGGUGUCGACUUCGUAAAGAUUAACGACAAACGACUAGCAAAGCAAUACGGAAUAAAGAAUUUUCCAGCACUCACGUACUUCAGGGAAAAAGAACCAAUUAUCUAUGAUGGCGAUCUCAUGGACGAGGAGGGCGUACUCGAUUUCCUUACUUCCCUUGAGGCCAUGGACCUGCCAGAUCGCAUUGAAGAGGUUAAUGCAAAGAUACUUUUAAAGAUUAUCGAGGAUACUGAUUUUGUAGCUGUUCUAUUCUGUCCCGACCAUGCCACGUGUCCGCCUAGGGUGAUGGAUAAGCCGCAAUGUCGCAAAUGUGCUAAGGCCUUGCAAGAACUGGAAAAUAUCGACGACGAAGCAGAUCAAUUGGGCAUCGGUUUUGUCAAAAUUCACGAUGAAGCAUUGGCCGAGGAAUACAAUUUGGGCAAUCUUCCAGUUUUGGUCUACUAUCGCCACCAGACACCAAUCAUAUACGAAGGUGAAUUGUCACGUGAGGAGGACGUCUUAGAAUGGCUGGUGCAAAAUAAAUCGACCGGCGAUGAGGAUGACGUCAUAGAAGAUGUUACGGCUAAGACGCUAUCCACACUAAUCAGCAAUAUCGAUAACCUGGUUGUAUUAUUCUAUGAUCAUGGUAAUGAUGAUUCAAUGACUGUAUUGGAAGAGCUAGAACAAAUUGACGACGACUGCGACAAACACGGUAUUCAAUUUGUUAAAAUUGACGACCCAAAAGCUGCAGCCGAAUAUGGAAUCGACAUGAUUCCGGCAAUAGUUUAUUUCGAAAAACAAAUUCCAAAUAUUUAUGACGGUGAUCUCAUGGCUGAGGAGCAGAUACUGCAUUGGCUGGUGGGACAAUUGGAGCAUGACGAAAUCGAGGAUGUCACCGAUGAAAUGCUCGAUAAGAUGGUGAAGGAAGGCCGCGUUAUGGCAGUGUUAUUCUAUGAUAACAAUGACAAAAAGUCACAGAAAGUACUCGAAGAGUUGGAGAAUAUCGACGAUGAAUGCGACGCAUUGGGUAUAACUUUUGUGAAAAUCGACAAUCCUGAAGAGGCCAUCGAAUACGGCAUAAACAAAGUUCCUAAACUAAUUUACUUUGAAAAAGGCAUUCCAACCAUUUACGAAGGCAAUCUUGAGGAUGAGGAGAAAUUGCUGAAAUGGCUCGAGGAGCAAACAACCUCCGAUCAAAUUGAGGAUAUAACCGACGAGAUGUUGGAUUUGAUAAUUGAAAAGAUGCCUUAUGUCGCUGUGCUCUACUACGACAAGGACCAGAAGAAAUCGCAAAAGGUGCUCGCCGAACUGGAGAAUAUCGACGAUGAAUGCGAUCAGAAUGACAUCGCUUUCGUCAAAAUUGACGACGACAAUGAGGCGAAGGAAUGGGGUAUCGAUGAAAUACCCUCAAUUGUCUUCUUCGAACGUGGCAUACCGCAUAUUUACGAAGGUGAUUUGAUGAAAGAAGAUGAACUGCUGGGCUGGCUCGUACAUCAGAAGCGCCACUCGGAGAUCCCCGAAGUUACCGACGAGAUGAAGGAUAAGUUGGUUGAAAAUACUGAACAUUUGGCUGUUAUUUUUUAUGACAAAGAUGAUAAACAAGACAUUCGCGUACUCAACGAACUUGAGAAUAUCGACGAUGAGCUUGAAAAAGAGGGCAUCGUUAUUGUACGUAUUGACAAUGCCGCCGAAGCUAAGGAAUAUGGAUUAGAUCACUUGCCUGCGCUCAUAUAUUUCGAGAACAAAAUACCAGCGCUCUACGAGGGCGAUUUGAUGAAUGAAGACGAAGUAUUGGAAUGGCUGAUUGUGCAAAAACGUACCGCCACAAUUGAGGAGGUCACCGAUGAAAUACUCGUCGACUUAAUCAACGAUCAUGAGUAUGUAGUGGUAUUCUUCACCGGUCCCUGUGAGCCGGGUGAAAAAUGCGAUAAGACACUGAAUGCAUUGGAGAGCAUUGACGAUGAACUGGAUGAGGCGGGUAUCAUUUUUGUCACCACCGAAGAUACAAACAUCGCAAAGAAGCACAACAUAAAGAGUUAUCCACAACUGGUAUUCUUCAGAAAUCGCGAUCCAUUAGUAUUUACAGGUGAUUUAGAUGACGAAGACGAGGUGCUGGCAUGGAUCACUGAUGAAGACACGCUUGAAAUACCCGGUAAAAUUGAGGAAGUCAACACGAAAAUGUUGGAUAAAAUACUUUCGGAGAACGAUCACGUAGUGGUAUUCUUUUACCGUGAGGGUGAUAAGCGGGCUCAAAAGAUUUUGAAUGAACUGGAGAAUAUCGAUGAUGAAUGCGAAGAAAAGGAUAUAGAUUUUGUCAAAACUUCCGACCCAGAUGUUGAUAAGGAAUACGAUUUGGCUAGUCUGCCAGCAUUAGCAUUUUAUAGACACAAGUUCCGGACGAUAUAUGAUGGUGACCUUAUGAAGGAGGAAGAAAUUCUAGAUUGGGUCAUCGACCUCCAUGAAUCCACAGCUGACGUUAUCGAAUCUGUCGAUCGCAAAACAUUGCAAGUCUUAAUUAAUGACGUUGAACACUUGGCUGUAUUUUUCUAUGACGACAAAUGCGAAACUUGCCCACAAAUCUUGGAGGAAUUGGAAACCAUUGAUGAUGACACCGACAAACAUGGUAUACAAUUUGUCAAAUCUAAUGAUGUGAAGUUGGCACAUGAAAUUGGAAUCUUUGCAUUCCCCGCCUUGGUAUAUUACGAAACAGGCGUUCCAAUCAUGUAUGAUGGUAAUCUCAAAAAUGAAAAUCGUGUGUUGCAGUGGCUGAUCAAUCAAAAGAGUGAAGAUGAUGAUGAUGAUGAUGAUGAUGAUGAUGAUGAUGAUGAGGAUGAGGAUGAUGAUGAGGAUGAUGACGAAAUUGACAGAAAAAUAAAACCGAGAUUCGCCACAAGACGAAGGUACAUCGAUAUAGACAAUGACGAUGACGAUAACGAUAACGAUGACGAUGACGAUGACGAUGACGAUGACGAUGACGAUGACGAUGACGAUGACGAUGACGAUGACAAUGACGAUGACGACGACGAUGACGAUGACGAUGAUGAUGAUGAUGAAGUCACCAAGCUAGUUUACCCCAAAACGGAUAGAAGUAAAGAAGAACAACUCAAACGAUUAAAAAAAAAUAUUAGGAGACAACAUAAAGCUGAUGACGAUGAUGAUGAUGAUGAUGAUGAUGACGAUGUUGAACAGAAUGACGCUAAUGACAAAACUAGAAAGAAAUAUAAACUGAUCAAGCGUAGAAUUGCAUAUGACGAAGAUGAUGAAGAUGAUGAAUCCCGUGAUGAAAACGAAAAUGAUGAUGGGGAUGAAGAUAAUGACGAUGACUAUGAUAAUGACGAUGAACCAAAUAUGCGCGUGCGAUAUCGAAAGCCAGGUUCAAGAAGAUUAAGAUUUAAAAAAAUUGUAUUUAAAAGUCGUUUAAUGGAAACAGAUGAUGAUAAUGACGAUGAUGACGAUGAUGAUGAUGAUGAAGAUGAAGAUGAAGAUGAAGAUGAAGAUGAAGAUGAAGAUGAAGAUGAAGAUGAAGAUGAAGAUGAAGAUGAAGAUGAAGAUGAAGAUGAAGAUGAAGAAGAAGAUGAAUAUGAAGAUGAAGGUGAAGAUGAAGAUGAAGGUGAAGAUGAAGAUGAAGAUGAAGCUGACGAUGACAAUGAUGAUGAUGAAGAUGGCGACGAAGAUGAAAAUCAAGCUUACAAAAAUAAAAAAUAUAACACAAAGUCACAAAGAAAAUAUCGACAUCGAAAAUCGAAGAAUAAUGGGGAUGAUAACGAUGCUGAUGAUACCAUAGUAAAAGAUCGUAGUAAAAAAACAUAUAAAUAUACGAAACCUAAUAUAAACAAAAAAGACAAAAACAGAAAUGACAACGACGGAGAUGACGAUCAUGAUGAUGAUGGGGAAGACAAUAAAGGUUCUCGAAAAUCGCACAAGUCAAUAAAUCCUCACAAAAUUCAUCAAGCUAAUGAGCUUUCCAACAAACGUUUCUUAGAUAAGUUAGGAUAUGCCAUAGUGUCAAAGCAUAAUCGUGCAAUGCCGAAAGGCACAAAAGACAAUCGUUUCUUACCGAAAACUGAAGAUGACGAAUGUUUCUAUGUUGGAUUGGGUCACGACGGAGGUUCAGCACGGCGUGGAAAUAAUUUUGCACCAAACGCAUACAAACCAUUCCAAUGUUGUCCCACUAAACUGGAAAAGUCAACCAAAGUCCCCAAAAUGACCGCACAGCGCAUCGGCCACGGCGACGACGAUAUUGCAAGCAAGCGCGGCGGCAGCUCCGCAGGCAACUUUCAAUUUGGACCGGCUUCAGCGAGCGGAGGGACUGGUGCACCCGGCAAAUCGGCCAAAGCAGUUCAUAAAAUGGAUAAGGAAAGCAAAAAACCAUUCAGGAAAAUUGUGAAGAAGAACGCCGAUGAUGAUGACGACGACGACGAUGAUCGCGACGAUGAUGAUGACGAGGACGACGACGAAGUGGCUGCACCAAUGGGCAAGGUCUCCUACACCACUCCCCGUAAAUCUAGCAGCUCUGCAGCGAAGAAAUCAACCGGCGGCAACAAGCAAGUGGCCAGCGAUAAAUCCUAUGACAGUGGAAAAUCGUCGAAAAAGGCUAAGGAUGGCGACAAAUUGAAUGUGAAGACCGGCUUUUAUUAUUUGCAUAAACGACUAAAAAAUCUAUAUGACCUUUUUCAGGAUAUCUCUCUAUGGGAAUAAGGAAGCAAUAUAAUUGAAAAAACACUAUGUAAUCAAAAAAUUAUAAUUUACACAAGCAAACAUCCACACUGCAUUGUUCAUAUGUACUAAGAUAAUAGAAAAUACCAACUACUAAUCAAACUCUGAGGAAAUUCAUAUCAGUAGAAAUACAUAUGUACAUACUGAUUUGAUGCAAAAAUUCUAAAAUACUAACAGCAAUUUUCAUAUAUAAAACUAUUUAAUUUUAUCCGAAAUCAAUUACCUACUUUAAUGUUUCCGACUAAAUGAAAUUACUAAUUGUUAAUUGUAGCAAAAAGUCGAAAGAGAAAUUUGUAAUUUGCACUAAUCAUGAAGUCCCCCAAAGCUACAGCUUCCUGUCCUCUGGGUCAUAAGUAUUUAAAGCACAGUAAACAUUUAUCAUGCUGUCUUAGAAAACAGCUCCCAAAACAACUAUAAAAUUUCUUUAUGAAAGUUAUCACAGCAAAAAUACAAUUUUAACAAUUUGUUCACUAAAAUAUUAAAAAAAUAAGUUUUUAAUACUUUUAUAACUUAAAACAUAUAUGUAUGUAGUUGAGAGCUAGCAAGCUCAUGAAUAAUAAAAUCGGUUGAAUACAGGCUUUGUCUAUACUGUGGGAGAUUUGAAAAACUUCCAAAUCUCUGAAGAACUAUUUCAAAAAUAAACUUAAUAAAUUUCAUCAAACAUACGAGCACAGCGAAUAUCGUAUAUAAUGAAUUUAUCCAAUGACUAAAUCAAUAACAAAUCCAACCCCUUUUGGCAAAUCACGAAAAAACAGGAUAAAAUGUGCGUUGAAAUCUAGAUUUUGCUUUAAGAUAAAAGCCCUAAGGCAAAUGUUUAUCCAAAAAAUAAGUUUGUCCUUAUGAAAUACUGCCAUGGCAAGCCGCUUACCACAAGCGCAAUACUCGCUAAAUUCGCCAAUUUCGCCAAUUUCGCCAAUUUCGCAAGAGCGAUGCAUUAACAAAAAAGCACACAUAUUUCAUUAUGUUCAUAACUUUUUGAGGUUAUGCAUACCUGAGUAUAUACUCGUAAUAUUCAAAAUACAUUGCAACAACUAAUGGAAAUUUAGCAGAUAAUCAAAAAUCCCAUAUCAGAUAUGUAGCAUCCAUCCAUAUAACCGUAUAUCUGAUAUUGGAUUUAUUUCGGGAUGCACAGUUGUCGUAAAUGACCAAUCAUAUGCCAAUAACAACAAUAACAUAAAUACGAAAUACGAAAUACAAAGCAAUGCAACAACAAACAUUGCAAAAAUGUUCCACUCCUUUGCAGAGAUGAUUCGUUCAACAGACAACUCAAUCCAAUUUAACUCUUCAAUUCUCAAAACAAACAAAAAAUUAACCAAAAAAAUAAUUAGUUGUCUUCUAAGUAAUUUCAGUUGUUGUACAGCAUUUGCACAGCGCAGUUGUUGGGUUGAGGAUAUGGCUGUUAAACAUACAGAAAUAAGUUAAGAACCCAAUCACCCAAUCACAUGAAGUUUUAAUAUAUUUUGAUUUUAAUAUAUUUUUCAUUAAAAACGGAUGCAAAUGUACACGUACUCGUAUUCUACAACCCAUGACUGUGCUGUGUGCAAAUCUGUUUCUGGUUUCGUAAAUUUUAUUUUUGUAGUUGCUUUUGCUAAAAGCUCCAAUUCUUCCGCUCACUCUUUGCGCUCCUCGUUUCGCUACCACACUUGAAAGUGGGUAUUGUACUAUGUUCUCACAUUUGUUGAUUCUUGUAUUCACAUAAGCCACUCCGCUUGCUCUUCACAGCCGUUCGACCAGCCCUUCUUGCCAAGUCAAUUAGAAUAAAAGAAACUCAAUUAAACUAAAAACUUGUUCAACUAAAGGCAAUAUGUACUUGAAAUGCCAAAAAACAAUAACAACAAAUGUCAGUUAACUAUUUUAAUUUUUAUACUGUUAUACUAUUUACAUACUAUUAUUGUUAGAGAAGAGAACCGAGAAUCAAUUCACUUGAUAAUCUCGAAAGUUAAAAGUUGAAAAUUUUUCUCUAUAACUACAAGAAAUGAUAAUUUUUGUAACAGUACUUAACACUUUUGAUACUAUACAUUUACACGUUUUGUGCCUUUUUGUGUACACUUUACAAUGUAGGGGACUUGAAAAUUAUUGCUAUCUUUUUUUAACAUUUAUUUUAUAAUAAUAUUUAUGUAUUUAUAAUGCAAAAUCUGUUAACUAUUUUUGGAGCUGAUAAGAAGUAAUAAUAAUAAUAAAUAAUAAAGGAAGAAGAACAUUGUAAUAAUCGAAACAAAUGCUGCUAUUCAUAAAAACAACAUAAAUACAUACAUAUGUAUGUAUGUACCUAUGCGGCGCUUUCGAUUAAUAUUUUUGUAAGUUUUGUUAUGCAAAAAACGCAGUUGUUGGUGGCAAACGGUGAUGUUGCAAAGCCACCGUAACACACCGCACCAGCACACAGCCACAACUAAAACGAAAUAUGAAUGUAUAUUUUUAGCGGAAGUCCUUGGACGACAACCGCGCGAUUUUUGUAAACUUAUUUAUUGUUGUGCCGGUAUUCUAAAUACCGUUAAACUAACGCCUUUCCCAAUUGCAUACGUACAUUCAUACCUAUGUACAGCAAUAAUUGUUGGUAUGUAUGUGUGUAUGUGUGUGUGCAGAUGUGAAAGCGCUGUUAUAAUUUAGUAAAGUUGAAGCACUUGUUAUAAAUGCAAUUUUCUAAUUUUAUUUAAAGUAGAGAAAACACAAACAUACAUACAAAAUUUUGACUUAUGAAUGAAGUAAGCUUUCGAUAUAUAACUGUUUUUUUUUCAAAAAUACAAAAACAA